AUGCAACAGGCAAGCCGCCAAGUGGUGUCUUUCAAGGUACGAGUAUGUCGCUUGGUGAUUUCGAUGAGUGUGUUGAUGUCACGGUUGGCAGAAGAAAUAAAUCCACUUUAGUUAUUGAAGAAGAGUUCUUCCAUGGUAAAUACUGCACAGUAGAAUGUAAGCUUCCCAAAGGGAUCACCGAUGCCAUCGAUGAGUACGAGAACGCCCCUGCUAUGAAUCGAUCUCGAACAAAAAUAGCUAAGUCAAAAACGUUUCUUAAUAUGCUUUUAAAAUAUGGGCAAUAUCUGAAGAUUGCAGCUUUCCGCUUCGGUGUUUGCAUUCCUUCUACUUGCGAUGUGGAAGAUCUGUCUAGUAUUGUUGCAACCAUUGCAAAGCAACUGGGAUUUCCACUCAAAGUACUCCAUUGCCAAGAAAAGAAAAAGUUAGAAUUCACAUUAGAGCAAACAAUAAUUAUAACUGUUUUGACCUCGAUUGUAUUGGUGGUACUGUUCAGCACGGUUGCCGAGAUAUACUUUUCCAAAAGGCCUGCAGAUCCUAAGUCUAGAGUGGAAACUAUAUUGCAAGACAUCUCGCAAUCACUAUCCAUCAUCAAUAGUACUAAACAACUGGUUAAUGUAAAAGUCGACAGUCAUCCUAUGCCAGUGCUUAGAGGAUUGUUUCUACUCACUGUAGUGUUCAAUAUCCUCGGACACACUUACGUUAUGUAUAAUGACUUAUUUUUCUUCAAGUACAGUAGUCUUUUGAAUUAUUAUAUAUACAUGCAACAGUUUUCAUUUACAAUCCUUGCAAAUGGCUCCAACGGGAUGGAAAACUACUUCUUCAUCGCUGGCUUCUUGACAACUUUCGUUCGUUGGAGAAAAGCUGCAAUUAAACCCCGAAUCAACUUCUUGAAAUUAUUGGUAAAACCUUACGUAAGGAUGUCCUUGUUCCAACUUCUUUCAAUAGCUUUGUUUCUGUUAUUACCGCUAAUCGGAUAUGGGCCAUUCUGGGACGAUUUUGUAGGGCCUUAUCUGAAAAACUGUCGCGAGAGAUGGUGGACGAAUUUAUUUUAUAUCCAGAACUACUGGGCUUCCGAAGAUGCAUGUCUGUACCAUACCUGGCUUAUGGCAGCAAUCAUGCAGCUGUAUGUAGUCUCUGCACUAGUCAUCUGGUUACUCAUAAAGAGGCCGAAUUUAGGAAUGGCGAUGAUUAUUAUGAUGGUCGUUUGCGGAAUGGCUAUUGUAGGUUCUACAGUUUUCGUGAAGAAAUUGCCAGGAGCUUUAUCAUUGUACCUUUUAGAUGCAAUAUCUGGACCAAAAAUGUGGAAUUCUCUCUUCAUACAAACAUUUGAUCACGUAGGGCCUUUCUGCAUUGGACUAGUAACAGGUUAUGUAGUCGCUAAAUAUAAAGAAUCUCUUAAAUUUAGAGGGGUAACAGUGGUUGUGCUGUGGUGCAUAUCAUUAGCAUCAGUCCUGGCAGUAAUGUGCGGUCUCUAUGAGUACCGUUACGGAAACAUGAAAAUGGACUCUUCUUUAUCAAUUCUCUAUGCUAUGCUCAAUCGAAAUGUGUAUGCUAUCUUUUUGGCCUGGUUUCUCAUUGCUUGUAACACCAAUAACGCUGGGUUCUUGCCAGAUAUUUUAUCUUGGAGAGCUUUCAUUCCAUUUUAUAAAUUGAGCUUUUUGGCUUAUUUACUUCAUCUUAUUGUCAUCUAUUAUCAUAUCGGAGUACUUCGUGAAAGAGUGUACUUGAGUCAUGAAGAAAAUGUUAUCAACUAUUUCGGCUACCUUAUGACAUCAUUUCUCUUAGCCUACGUCUGUUACAUAUUUUUCCAAGUACCUUACAUGUAUAUCGAAUCUUUCAUAUGGAAGAAAACCAGUAAUAGUGAGAGUCAAAAUGAAAAAGCUGUGGAGAAGAAUAAAAAUAGUGAAUGCAAGUUCAGUGACUCAAAAAAUUUGACUUCGAAAUCAUUGAAAAGUUACAUAGCCACGUUGUCAUCAUAUUCAAGCAAGGGUGACUAUACUUUACCUGGGCUACAAGUACAUUCAGAAAAGUGUUAGGUUUGUAAUAAUUGUUAAUUAAUGAAGAGCACCUUCAUUGACUACAAACACGUAGUUUUCUUCAAAUUAAUUGGAUUGAUUUAAUGAAGAGCACAUCCAAAAGUUUUAAAAGAAGUCACUUACUCAUAAACAAAUACAUAAAAUGUGAUUUUACGAGAACUGCAAAAACGUAGAAAGGAGAACUAAUGUAUAUAAAAUAUAUAUGGAUUUUUAAGAAAAUUGGUAUUUAAAAAUUUUCAUACUAUAUUUUUGCAGCAAUACAUUUUUAUUUUAGUAAAUUGUUUUCUUAGCUUCUCUUGAUGGCAUAAAGAUUAUUGGAAAGAACUAAUGAAGCAAUGAAAGACAGGUAAAGAGAUUUAUUAAAUGAAUAAUUACAAAUGUUUUAUUUACGUUUUUUAAGGCCUGUAUUUUAAUGACAAAUGCCUUUUUCUUCUGCGUAUUACUGCCCGUUUUUAGCCUGUUUACCUUUCUAUAAGAUUAAAACUUUAAAACAAUGCUUUUAUAUUGAGAUUCUUUGAUAAUUUUUAUGAACUUCACCUCAUUUUUAUUAAUCAAAUGUACAUUAAUUUACAAAUAUAAGCACAGAAAAUUCGUGUUUUAACUUUAUAAUUCAAUCUAUACAUCGUCAGUUAUUUUGCCAGUACUUUCGCAACAUUUGAACUUUUAUAAAAAAGUUCAGACUUUGUUUCCUACGCAGUUCUAAAACUCACAUUCAAAACCAUCGCAUAUCACUUGCCUUCGUUACAUGUUUAGGUGAAUAACAUUGCUCAUUCUUUUUCAAAGUACUUAAACGAUUAUAGUACUUUAUUUGUAAUUUAUAUAAGAUAGCUUUUUUAACUCAAUGUGUGAAAUGAUUCUUUUAAAGUUUAUCAUAAUGAUAAUUUGUACUAAAGUAAACUUAUCACAUCAUUUUUUUCUCUUAGUAGAUUUCUCAGAAUUCUCAAAACUUCCACAUCAUUUCCAACAGUUUAAUCUGAGAUAGCUGUUUAAAGAAACUGUUAACUGUUUAAAGAAAAGUAUCAAUAUUAUUCAUUUCUUAUUAAAAUUUUGUUUUGAAAUCUUUAUGCAUAACUUAAUUUAAAUUACAUAAAAGAAUAUUUAUAUAAAAUUUAACAAGCUUUGUACUAAGAAAGAUCUUACAAUUCCGCAAAUGUUCUUAAUAAUUAUGUGUAAGAAUUAAUUUAUAAUACACACUUUUUACAAGCUUUUAUUGUUCGACGUAAGCUAAUAGCGAUAAACAGUUAUUGCUUAUUCUAAAACCUUCCUUAAAUGUAUGAAACGAUUCUCUACACAAAAUGAGCUUGCUUGAUUUUUACAACUAAAGUUAAACAUUUUCUUUUUGCUCGAAAUUAAAUUUCAAAUCUCAGUCUAUGGAGUAUCAUUCGGUAAUUUUUACGUAUGAAAAAUUUAAUAUCAUGUAUAAUAUUAUUUUAUUACUUUCUGAAAUAUUUGUCAUGUGAGAAAAAUUUUAGGAUUUUAUUAUGAAAAAUAUUAUUAGCAAGUAUAUGUAGCUGUAGAACAGCAGUAUUUCAUAUAUCCUUAUUUGUGAUGUUUCAUUGUCAAAAAUAAUUAUCAUAUCAUUUCAUUUAAUUGUACAUAUCAUUUUUGUAUUUACAUGUGUGUAAACUGUAUGAAUAAAUGUUUAGCA